AUCAAUAACCUUUUGGAAUUUAGAAAUACAAGUAGGUCCUGUCUCUGGCAGGCUGUACCACACUCUUGAGGGCGGGCUUACAGGCACACUCGACGAAAUCCCUAUCUCCUUUUGGCAUUCUCCCUGACUGUUUCUCCAGGGCUGACUGUUUGGAGUCCACCACAAUGGCUGAUCACACCUCUCCAGACUACUUCAGCUGCUCUCUGUGUCAGAACCUACUGAGGGACCCUGUGGCUAUCCCCUGCGGCCACAGCUUCUGUAUGGACUGCAUCAGUGGCUACUGGAAUGAAGCUGACUACACAGGGAUUUACAUUUGUCCCCAGUGUAAGAUCACAUUCACCCAGAGGCCUGUACUGAGGCCCAACGCCACUCUGAGCAUGGUGGCUGAGAAGAUCAAGAAGAGCGGUCUGAACCUCAACCUCAGCACGUCCCAGGGGAGCGUCUUUGCCGGAUCAAACGACGUGCCCUGUGACUUCUGCAUCGGGAAGAAAUUAAAGGCUGUCAAGUCCUGCCUUAACUGCCUGGCAUCCUACUGCGAAAAGCACUUGAAGCCACACUAUGAAUCAACCACGUUCAAGAGGCACAAGCUUGUGGAUGAGUUAGGGAACUUGGACAGGAAGAUCUGCCCACAGCACCAGAAGUCCCUGGAGCUCUUCUGUCGCACAGAUCAAAUGUGUAUCUGUGCCAUCUGCACAGUCAGCGAGCACAGGGGCCAUGACAUCGUGUCUGCUGAGGCAGAGAGGGGCGAGAAGCAGAAACUGUUGGGAGUCUCCCAAGCUGAGAUUAAACAAAAAUGCCAGGAGAGGGUGAAGGAGCUGGAGGAGCUCAAGACUGCAGUGGAUUCCCUCAAGAACUCAGCCCACAGAGCCAUGGUGGAGAGCCAGAAGAUGUUUGAGGAUAUGAUACGCUCCAUUGAGAGGAUGAGGUCAGAGGUGAGCAAGCUGAUUGGAAUCAAUGAGAAGGCUGCUUUCAGCCAGUCCGAGGCUUUGAUCGAGCGUCUGGAACAAGAGAUUGAUGAGCUGAAGAAAAAGGAGUCUGGCCUCAAGCAGCUGUACAGCACUGAGGACCACAUCCACUUCCUGCAGAACUUCAACUACCUCUGCACCCCCACUGACGAUGGCUUCAUACCCAGAGUGACCGUGAACCCCGACUUCUCCUUCGCGGCUGUCAGGAAAGCUGUGGCUGAGAUUAAGGAGCGCCUCGAGGAGUUUGGCAGAGAGGAACUGCUCAGGAUUUCCAAGUCAGUGAAUGAGGUCCCAGUUUACACUACAGAGAGUCGAACGUUGGACAGAAGGAGCAGAGGCAAAGAAAUGACAGUGGACAACACUCCUCCUCCAGAGCCAAAGACCAGAGCUGAUUUUGUGAAAUACUUCUGCCAACUGAAAUUAGAUCAUAACACGGCCUACAAGGAGCUGUACAUCUCUGAGAACAGCAGGAAAGUUAUCCGCACCAGGGAGCUGCAGCCCUAUGGGGACAACUCAGAGAGGUUUGAUAGCUUUGCCCAGGUGCUGUGCCGAGAAGCUCUAUCUGGAGGCCGCUUCUACUGGGAGAUUGAGUGGAGCGGGGAGUUCUCCAUCGGAGUGGCCUAUAAGAGCAUCAGUCGAAAGGGCAAAGGUUCGCUCUGUCUGCUGGGCUAUAACGACAAAUCCUGGAGUCUGCUUUGUUCUGACUCCGGUUACUCAGCGUGGCACAACCGCGUGGACAAGCCUGCCAAUGGUCCUCACUCCCCGCGGAUAGGCGUGUACCUGGAUCACACUGCAGGGGUGUUGGCAUUUUACAGCAUAGGCAACACCAUGACCCUCCUGCACAGGUUUGAGACCAAAUUUGCCGAGCCCCUCUAUCCGGGCUUUGGAGUCGGAACGUCAGUCAGGAUCUGCAACGUCAAGUGAACGCUGACAUUUGAGCUCUGUUUUAAAAAGAUUUCUGCGAAUACUCACCAGUGCUUUUGGAAUAUCUAUUUUUGCAACCAUUGUAAAACUGUCUCACAGCUUAUUUUUUUAAGGUUUAUGAUGCUUCUUCCAAAUGUGUAUACACUUUUUUGAACGCCACACAUCACAACAUGUAUUAAGCUUUGAAUGUGGCUGUCAAAUCAUAUUCUCAUGGCAGUUUAACAAAUAUAUAUAUAUUAUUGAAGUACACAAUUCCUACAUAGUCACACAAGAAAAAGAGAAGUGUUAUGCUAUUUGGCAUCUGAUGAUAUCUGCUGGAUAAUAUUAUAACAUACUGAAGUGUUUAAACAUUUUAGCUGAUAAUUUGUGUCUAUAGAUUUAUCCAAAGUUAACAACGUCAGUUUUUGAUGUCAUUACGUUUUUCACUAUUGUUAUUGAAUAAUUAUUUUUAAAAUUGCACUCCUACGGCAGGUAUGACUACUAUGAAGGCGCAUUGUUAUAAUUUCACUACUAUUCCAAGAAUGUUGUCAUUUCAUUUGGUCGUGUUGUGAUAUUAUCUAAAGGUCGUCACAUGAGUUUUUUCACUUGAACUAACCCUUAUUUAAUUUUGUGUAUGUUUACUUAGAUAAUGGACAGCCAGAGUAUAAUUGCUAUCAAAGAGAUAAUUGUUUUGUAACAACAUUGAUGCAUUUAAAUAAAGAACUGAUAAAUGAACA